AAAAAGUCAAGCAUAAAAUCACGUGCCUGCCUAUCCAUCAUUGAUCAUUCCAUCUCUUCAACUCCCAAGUUUCAACACUGCUCCUCCUCCAAUCAGGCACACGAGUGACUGAGAAGUCUAGCGUCCAAACAUCAAAUCUAUUCUUCUCCCAAACAACUCGCAGAACCUUGGAAGCUCCAUCAAUGGCGGAACGGCAAGAAGAGAAUCACCUCCAUUACUGGGGCAACACGCCUGAGCAAGACUACUACGCCCUCCAAGGCGUCAGAGGCUCCUCCUCCUACUUCACCUCUCCCCGAGGCCUCAACCUCUUCACUCGCUCAUGGCUUCCUCUCUCCUCCUCCGAUUUCCCUCCUCGCGCCCUUGUAUUCAUGGUCCACGGCUACGGAAACGACAUCUCCUGGACCUUCCAAGCCACCGCCAUCUUCCUCGCCCGCCAUGGCUUCGCCUGCUUCGCCCUCGACCUCCAGGGCCACGGCCGCUCCGACGGCCUCCGCGCCUUCGUCCCGGAAGUCGACCUCGCCGUCCAGGACUGCCUCGCCUUCUUCACUUCCGUCAAGCGCGACUCCCGAUUUCAAACCCUAGGUCGUCCGACUCCGUCGUUCCUCUACGGCGAAUCCAUGGGCGGCGCGAUCUGCCUCCUCGUCCACCUCGCCGAUCCGCUAGGGUUCGACGGCGCGGUCCUCGUGGCGCCGAUGUGCAAAAUCUCCGACAAUCUGAAACCUAGAUGGCCGAUUCCCCAAAUUCUCACGCAAUUGGCGAGAUUUUUCCCGACAUUGGCGAUCGUUCCGACGGAGGAUCUGAUGCGGAAGUCGGUGAAGGUGGAGGAGAAGAAGAUCGUCGCGGAUAGGAAUCCGAUGAGGUAUAGGGGGAAGCCGAGGCUGGGAACGGUGGUGGAGCUUCUGAGAGUGACGGAGUAUUUGAGUGGGAGAUUGUCGGAGGUGAAGCUUCCGUUCAUCGUUUUGCACGGCAGCGCCGACGCCGUCACUGAUCCGAAUGUAAGCAGAGCGCUGUAUGCGGAGGCGAAGAGCGAAGACAAGACGGUGAGGAUCUACGACGGGAUGAUGCAUUCGUUGUUGUUUGGAGAGACGGAUGAGAAUGUGGAGAUUGUUCGAAACGACAUUCUUUCUUGGCUGAAUGAGAGGUGCAAUUCAAGUGGAGAAAGAGCUGAUUAAAAAUGGGUAAUCUUAACAUGGAUCGGCAUUUUUACUUAAAUCUUAAUUCA